UGACGCAUUCAGUUUUGAUUUAAGUUCGGUACGGUGCGGUACAAAGCCACGGAAACUAAUUGUCUAUUUUUUGUUCACGUAAAUUACGACAAAUUUGCAUUUUUGUGUUAUCUUUUCUUGUUUUGAUUGUUUUUGUGUGAUUAUUUCUUUUGCUUUGUGAUUUUUCGAAUUGUCGCCUCAAGUUGGCUGAUAGGUAGUUAGGUAGGUGAAGUCUCUCAGCAUUGUUAACAAGCUUCGUACUAAGGUCCGUGUACGCGUCGGUCUGGCGGUGUUACGGUUUUCGAAAGUUAACGUGUCCGGACUAUAAAAUUGCACAUUGUUUUAUCUAGUACCAAUUAAUUUUCCCAUUUGCUUGUCGAAAAUUAUUUAGUUUAUAAAGAUACCAACCACCAUACAUAUUAAAGUGUCGGGAAUAAACCACUAAAAAACAACAGCAAGAAAACCCAAAAAAUUGUGCUUCAUCCAUUUGAGAUUAGGAAGAGGGUGAUAAAUAGUUCGAAAAUUCCAAACCAACAAACAAAUAUUUCAACAAAAAAAAAUUGAAUUGAAAAAUAAGUUUUUACGUGCUUGAUUGUUAUCACCUGUGAAAAAGACCGCCAAGUCGCCACAACAACACCUUCAAUAGCAAAUCACUUAUUUCCCUGUCGCCUCAUUGACAUUCAAUGAAAUAAAUUACACUGCCAUUUUGCGCUGAAAACGAGGUGAUUAGGCGCGAAACAAAUACCAAUGCUGAUACGCAGACGCACGAAUGAACAAUGAAGAGUAUUAUUUGUCAUCUUUUUAGUUAUAAUGGAUUAACAUUAAUUUAUGUGAUAUUAGUCAGUACAAUAUUUUCAAUUUGCUCAGCACAUUCAACACCGCCCUGUGGCUUAUAUGGUGCGCCUCCAUGUCGGUUUCUACCGGCACCACCCGGCCAGACGCCAUCAUGUGCCCGACCAGGAAAAACCUACUGUGAGCACAUCGACAACUAUCCAACAUAUGUCAUCAAACACCUUGUUCAAAAAUGGGGAUACGAAGCAAAGAAUCUACUAGUCGACGAAACAUGGGACGAUUUUGCCGCGGUGGCAUGGCAUGAAACACCUGUGUUUUAUGACCCGGCUUACAUAUUUCCGCAGCACAACAACGGAAAAGACUUCAGUGGCUAUAGCUAUGAUACGCCACCUUAUGGCAGUGGCAGUGGCAGCGGUUCCUCAAACCACUACAAUGACGAUCCCUAUCAGUAUACCAAAUCCUCAACGACUGAAGGUCCCACAUAUUUGCUAUACACCUCGGCAGGUCAACGACUAAAUUUCAACAAAAAUCAAAUGUCUUCAUUUGCCAGCAGCAGCAGUAGUAGCAGCAGCAGUAAUACAAAGACCACACCUAACAAUCCCACGCUGUGGCUGAAACGGAUAGUACGUGACAUCAGCAAGAAGGCCACGGCACAGAAAACGGAAAGUCCUCUAAUUAUCGAUACCAUCGAUGGGGAAGAUGCUUCGAAACAUCACGUAUCGAGCCGUGAUGUAUCACUCAAUAUGGAUCUCUUGGAUAUUGUGGGUGUUGACAGAGGCAGCAAAUCGCGCGUCCGUCGUCAAAGUCCUGGACGCAUGUCACUUUGCCCAACCACAUCUCAAUUUAUAACGCCUCAAGCAGCAUUGAACAGUAAAGGUAACUGGAUGUUUGUGGUGAAUGAAGCCAGUACAGCUAGACAAAUGGUGAAAGCGGAAUUAUGCGCUUCCAACACCUGCACCAAUCUUUGCCAAUUGCCAAACGGUUAUAAUUCCAGAUGCGAGCAGAAAUUUGUACAAAAACGCCUGAUUGCCCUGCAAGGAAAUGGGCAAAAUCUGUAUACGGAUAGUUUUUGGUUCCCCAGUUGCUGUGUCUGCACAAUAGCCGCCAAUUAGUACCAAUCUAUUUAAACAACAACUACAAAAUUUAAAAAAAAAAAAAAACAUAUUUUUAAUAUUAUUAUUUAGUUUUCAUUUUUCAUUGCAUUGUGUUCGCGAGAAGAGGCGAAACCUAACUAUUCCUUCAAGAAUUCUAUUUUCUAUUUUCACUAAGUGUACAAUUAAUUAAUUAAUGCGAUUAUGAAAAAACGAAUCAUUAAAAAUUAGUAAAUAAAGCAUCAUAAUCAUUUUCCAUGA